GGGGGGCUACAGCCACGUGGACAGUGAGGCUGGAGGUGCCCUUCCAGUUAUGGUGUGUGGUGUUCUCGAGGCUCUGGUCCAGCCGGGCCCAGUGUGCGCAUGUCUGCCCAAACCCAGGCACCCUGCCCAUGGGGCCUGCUGCCAAGCCCCCCCAGUUCUCUGAGGUCAGGUUUGCUUGGGAGGGGUGGCUCUGCAGUGAGACUGGGCGGUGUUUGGGUGCCAGAGCGCUGGGUCCUGGAACAUUAGGGCUGGGAAUUUGGGCUUGGGGGGAGGCGGUGCCUGUCCAGACACUUUCCGGGCCAGCAGCGGGCCGGAGUUUGUGCGACUUCUUGGAAGUGCACCUCCGGACUUGAGCCAGGAAGAAGGCUGUCUGAUGCCCCUGAGGAAAUCCCCGCUGGCCCGGUGAGCAGGGGUCCUGGGCUGCCUUCAAAACAGGAAGCGCCCAUUCCAGGAACACCAGCGGCAGGAAGCUUUGCUGGCUCUGCCCGGCGCCUCCCACACUGCCGGCCUGUGCUCUGCCUGGUCAGCCACGGCCUGGCCAGGCCGGAGCCAAAAGCUGAAGCCACAGCCUAGCAGAGCCUGGGUCGCAGCGGUGACGCGGGGAGUCUGCCUGCUCACCCUCGUCUUGGAGAGGCCUGGGGUCACCUGGCUCCUUCUCCUACAGCCCUCCCUUGGGCCCCCACACAUCCCCCUGGUACUGCCCAGCCUCCUGUGCCAGGCAGGCAGCGACUUCUUCCCAGGUCCCUGCUGUCCUCUCCAGCUAGCCUGGCACAGGGGCGAUGGCACUGCCGCUCUGGGCCCUGGCCCUCCUGGGCCUGGUGGGCACAAGCGCGGGCUUGCGGCCCCGCAAGCUGGAGUUCUUCCGCAGCGAGACAGAGCUAAACCACCUGGUGGUGGAUGAGGCGUCAGGAGUGGUGUACCUGGGGGCGGUGAACGCGCUCUACCAGCUGAGUGCUGAGCUGCAGCUGGAGCAGCAGGUGGCCACAGGCCCGGCCCUGGACAACAAGAAGUGUACACCGCCCAUCGAGGCCAGCCAGUGCCACGAGGCCAUGCUGACCGACAACGUCAAUCAGCUCCUGUUGCUCGACCCACCCAGGAAGCGCCUCGUUGAGUGCGGCAGCCUCUUCAAGGGCAUCUGUGCCCUGCGCGCCCUGAGCAACAUCUCCACAUGCCUCUUCUACGAGGAUGGCAGUGGCGAGAAGUCCUUUGUGGCCAGCAAUGAUGAGAGCGUGGCCACAGUGGGGCUGGUGAGCGCCACAGGCCCUGGCGGUGAGCGUGUGCUGUUCGUGGGCAAAGGCAACGGGCCUCACGACAACGGCAUCAUCGUGAGCACCCGCCUCCUGGACCGGGCUGAGGGCAGGGAGGCCUUCGAGGCCUACACAGACCAUGCCACCUAUAAGGCCGGCUACCUGUCCACCAACACGCAGCAGUUCGUGGCUGCCUUUGAGGACGGCCUGUACGUCUUCUUCGUCUUCAACCAGCAAGACAAGCACCCGCCGCGGAACCGCACGCUGCUGGCGCGCAUGUGCAAGCAGGACCCCUUCUACUACUCCUACCUGGAGAUGGACCUGCAGUGCCUCGACCCCAGUGACGUCCAGGCCCCUGCCUUCGGCACCUGCCUGGCAGCCUCUGUGGCCGUGCCGGGUGCCGGCAGGGUGCUCUACACUGUCUUCAGUAAGGAUGGCCGGGGCGGUGGGGGGCCCCGUGCAGGCCUCUGCCUGUUCCCACUGGAUGAGGUCCAUGCCAAGAUGGAGGCCAACCGCAAUGCCUGCUACACGGGCACGCGGGAUGCGGGUCGCGAUACCUUCUACAAGCCCUUCCACGGCGACAUCCAGUGUGGUGGCCACGGGCAGGGCGCCAGCGAGAGCUUCCCCUGUGGCUCGGAGCACCUGCCCUACCCGCUGGGCAGCCGAGACGGACUCACAGCCAUGGCCGUGCUGCAGCGUGGUGGCCUGAACCUGACGGCUGUGACGGUGACCGCAGAAAACGGCCACACCGUUGCCUUCCUGGGCACCUCAGAUGGCCGGGUCCUCAAGGUGUACCUCACCCCGGAUGGCAGCCCCGCAGAAUAUGGCUCUAUUCUUGUGGAGAUCAACAAGAGGAUCAAGCAGGACCUGGUGCUCUCUGCAGAUCUGUCCAGUCUGUAUGCCAUGACCCAGGACAAGGUGUUCCGGCUCCCGGUGCAGGAGUGUCUGAGCCACCUGAACUGCGCCCAGUGCCGCAGCUCCCAGGACCCCUACUGCGGCUGGUGCGUCGUCGAGGGACGAUGCACCAGGAGGGCUGAGUGCCCGAGGGCCAACGAGAGCGGCCACUGGCUAUGGAGCCGAGACGAGUCCUGUGUGGCCAUAACUGGGGCCCAGCCACAGAACAUGAGCCGAAGGGCCCAGGGGGAGGUGCAGCUGACUGUCAGUCCCCUCCCGGCCCUGAGUGAGGAGGAUGAGCUGCUGUGCCUCUUCGGUGAAUCACCGCCACACUCAGCCCGAGUGGAGGGGGACGCCGUCAUCUGCAACUCCCCGAGCAACAUUCCCAGCACACCACCCGGCCAGGACCACGUGGCUGUGAAUGUCCAGCUCCUCUUCAGACACGGCAACAUCUUUCUUACCUCCCAUCUGUACCCCUUCUACGAUUGCCGGGAGGCCAUGAGCCUGGUGGAGAACCUGCCGUGCAUCUCCUGUGCCAGCAAUCGCUGGACCUGCCAGUGGGAACUUCGCUACCAUGAGUGUCGGGAGGCCUCGCCCAACCCCGAGGAUGGCAUCGUCCGUGCUCACAUGGAGGACAACUGCCCCCAGUUCCUGAACCCCAGCCCACUGGUCAUCCCCAUGAACCAUGAGACAGACGUGACCUUCCAGGGCAAGAACCUGGACACAGUGAAGGGCUCCUCCCUGCACGUAGGCAGUGACCUGCUCAAGUUCGAGGAGCCAGUGAGCGUGCAGGGGCCAGGGACCUUCUUCUUUCGGACCCCGAAGCUGUCCCAUGACGCCAAUGAGACGCUGCCCCUGCACCUGUACGUCAAAUCCUACGGCAAGAACAUUGACAGCAAGCUCCAAGUGACCCUCUACAACUGCUCCUUUGGCCGAAGCGACUGCAGCCUGUGCCUGGCUGCCGACCCCACCUACCAGUGCGUGUGGUGCAGCGGGCAGGGCAGGUGUGUGUACAAGGCCCUGUGCAGCAACGCCACCUCCGAGUGCCCGCCGCCCGUCAUCACCAGGAUCCAGCCUGAGACGGGCCCACUAGGCGGCGGCAUUCGUGUCACCAUCCACGGGUCAAAUUUGGGGGUCAGAGCCGGCGACGUCAAGAGGGUCACUGUGGCUGACCGGAACUGCACCUUUGAGCCAGAACGGUACUCUGUGUCCACCCGGAUUGUGUGUGCCAUCGAGGCUGCAGAGGCGCCCUCCACAGGGGGUGUCAUGGUGGAGGUCAAUGGGAAGUUCGGCUAUUCACCACCCCACGUCCAGUUCACCUACCAGCAGCCCCAGCCCCUCAGCGUGGAGCCAAAGCAGGGGCCACAGGCAGGUGGGACCACGCUGACCAUCAGUGGCACCCACCUGGACACGGGCUCUGAGGAAGACGUGCGGGUGACCCUCAGUGAUGUCCCCUGUAAAGUGACGCAGUUUGGGGCCCAGCUCCAGUGUGUCACAGGCCCCCAGGUGUCUCUGGGGGAGCUGCACCUGGAGAUUUACUACGGGGGCUCCCUGGUGCCCAGCCCUGGUGUCACCUUCACCUACCGCGAGAAUCCGGUGCUGCGGGCCUUCGAGCCAUUGCGGAGCUUUGUCAGCGGCGGCCGGAGCAUCAAUGUCACGGGGCAGGGCUUCAGCCUGAUCCAGAGAUUCGCCAUGGUAGUCAUAGCCGAGCCCCUGCAGUCCUGGCGGCGGCGGCGGGAGGCCGGACCCCUGCAGCCCACGAUGGUUGUGGGCACGGAGUACACGUUCUACAACGACUCCAAGGUUGUGUUCUUGUCCCCGGCUGUCCCCGAGGAGCCCGAGGCCUACAACCUCACAGCACUCAUUCAGAUGGACGGGCACCGUGUCCUGCUCAGGACUGAGGCUGGCGCCUUUGAGUACGUGGCCGACCCCACCUUCGAGAACUUUACAGGGGGCGUCAAGAAGCAGGUCAACAAGCUCAUCCACGCCCGGGGCACCAAUCUGAACAAAGCAAUGACACUUCACGAGGCCGAGGCCUUCGUGGGUGCCGAGCGCUGCAUCAUGAAGACGCUGACUGAGACUGACCUGUACUGUGAGCCCCCAGAGGUGCAGCCCCCCCCCAAGCGGCGGCAGAAGCGGGACACGACCAACAACCUGCCUGAGUUCAUUGUGAAAUUCGGCUCACGGGAGUGGGUGCUGGGCCGCGUGGAGUAUGACACGCGUGUGAGUGAUGUGCCACUCAGCCUCAUCCUGCCACUGGUCAUUGUGCCCAUGGUGGCUGUCAUUGCUGUGUCUGUCUACUGCUACUGGAGGAAGAGCCAGCAAGCGGAGCGCGAGUAUGAGAAGAUCAAGUCCCAGCUGGAGGGCUUGGAGGAAAGCGUGCGGGACCGCUGCAAGAAGGAGUUCACGGACCUCAUGAUCGAGAUGGAGGACCAGACAAACGACGUGCACGAGGCGGGCAUCCCCGUGCUGGACUACAAGACCUACACCGACCGCGUCUUCUUCCUGCCCUCCAAGGACGGUGACAAGGAUGUGAUGAUCACGGGCAAGCUGGACAUCCCCGAGUCGCGGCGGCCUGUGGUGGAGCAGGCCCUAUACCAGUUCUCCAACCUGCUCAACAGCAAGUCCUUCCUCAUCAAUUUCAUCCACACCCUGGAGAACCAACGGGAGUUCUCGGCCCGCGCUAAGGUCUACUUUGCAUCGCUGCUGACGGUGGCGCUGCACGGGAAGCUGGAGUACUACACGGACAUCAUGCGCACGCUCUUCCUGGAGCUCAUGGAGCAGUACGUGGUGGCCAAGAACCCCAAGCUGAUGCUGCGCAGGUCUGAGACAGUGGUGGAGAGGAUGCUGUCCAACUGGAUGUCCAUCUGCCUGUACCAGUACCUCAAGGACAGCGCUGGCGAGCCACUGUACAAGCUCUUCAAGGCCAUUAAGCAUCAGGUAGAGAAGGGACCAGUGGACGCCGUGCAGAAGAAGGCUAAAUACACCCUCAAUGACACAGGCCUGCUGGGCGACGAUGUGGAGUAUGCGCCCCUGACGGUGAGCGUGAUCGUUCAGGAUGAAGGGGUCGACGCUGUCCCUGUCAAGGUCCUCAACUGUGACACCAUCUCCCAGGUCAAGGAGAAGAUCAUUGACCAAGUGUACCGCACACAGCCUUGCUCUCGCUGGCCCAAGGCUGACAGUGUGGUCCUCGAGUGGCGUCCUGGGUCCACAGCGCAGAUCCUGUCAGACCUGGACCUGACGUCUCAGCGGGAGGGCCGCUGGAAGCGCAUCAACACCCUGAUGCACUACAACGUCCGGGACGGCGCCACUCUCCUCCUGUCCAAGGUGGGGGUCUCCCAGCAGCCGGAGGACAGCCAGCAGGACCUGCCCGGGGAGCGCCACGCCCUCCUGGAGGAGGAGAACCGGGUGUGGCACCUGGUGCGGCCCACGGACGAGGUGGACGAAGGCAAGUCGAAGCGCGGCAGUGUGAAGGAGAAGGAGCGCACCAAGGCCAUCACCGAAAUCUACCUGACUCGCCUGCUGUCCGUCAAGGGCACACUGCAGCAGUUCGUGGACAACUUCUUCCAGAGUGUGCUGGCUCCUGGGAAAGCCGUGCCACCCGCCGUCAAGUACUUCUUCGACUUCCUGGACGAGCAAGCAGAGAAGCAUGACAUCAGGGAUGAGGAUACUGUCCACAUCUGGAAGACCAACAGUUUACCACUCCGGUUCUGGGUGAACAUCCUCAAGAACCCUCACUUCAUCUUUGACGUGCACGUCCACGAGGUGGUGGAUGCCUCCCUGUCGGUCAUCGCACAGACCUUCAUGGAUGCCUGCACACGCACAGAGCACAAGCUGAGCCGCGACUCUCCCAGCAACAAGCUGCUCUACGCGAAGGAGAUCUCCACCUACAAGAAGAUGGUAGAGGAUUACUACAAGGGGAUCAGACAGAUGGUGCAGGUCAGCGACCAGGACAUGAACACACAUUUGGCAGAGAUUUCCCGGGCACACACGGACUCCCUGAACACCCUUGUGGCCCUGCACCAGCUCUACCAGUACACCCAGAAGUACUAUGACGAGAUCAUCAACGCCCUAGAGGACGAUCCUGCCGCCCAGAAGAUGCAGCUGGCCUUCCGCCUCCAGCAGAUCGCGGCUGCACUUGAGAACAAAGUCACAGACCUCUGACCUCCGAUCUCCGCCCCCGUGGUCUCGGGGCGCAGCAGAGGAAGAGCCCCUGGGCGUCCAAGUGUGGGUGCAGCGAGGGAGCCCCGACCUCCACGUUUUUAGCCACGUAGCGUCUUUCUCCUGAGCAAUAGUGCCGGGGCCCAGCAGCACCAGCUCCCUCCUGUGGAACCAGCAUCAGUCAGCGCCUCUGCGUGGAGUCCUUGAGUGACUCGCACAUGUGCCUUAUGCCCCCGGCACCUCAGCUCCCUUCCCAGCACCAGCAGCCGCCUCGGGUCCUGGGUUUGGCCUCUUUGGGUGGGGUCUGAGUGCCUGCAGCCCCCGGGGCCUCGUGCCCAGGCUGCGUCUGCCCCGCCGGGACAGGAGGAGAAAAGCGGUACCAUGCCUUUGUGACCUCACCUGCCCCGCCGUGUGGGGCGCUGGCCCUCUGGGUGGACUCCGUGCCGUGGGCCCCACCUCAAAGGUCAAGCUGGACGUCAGACGUCGAGGCCCAGGUGGCCAGAGGGGACCCAGCAGACCAGGGUCCUGGUCUCAGCCUGUCAGACAGGCUGCCCUGGAGGCCCUGCCCAGGUCUGGGGGGUCCAGGAGCAGCUCUGCCAGGAGCACCCCUACCCCCUUGUGAAUCUUGUUAAUUGUAAAUCAAAUACAACUGUCUUUUUCACUCUG